AUGUACCGCAGCUGCGGCGAACCUCCCCUGUCUCUGAUCGAUCACAUCGACGACGAAGCCUACACCACCAGUUGCAUGGCGAGCUGCAUCGAUCAUGAUUAUCUCGACCGAGUAUGGCCCAACAAAGAAACCCAAAGCCGGGCUCGCUGCAAUCCACGUUGUCGGCUCUUGGAACUCCCAGCAGAACUCCGCAUCGCCAUUUACGAAUACGCCUUGGGGGAACCCUUCCAACUCGGCGUCGGAGGCUUCUAUUCCAAACCAAACACCGGCACACCGAAAGUCUUCGGCGGCGAUGCCGUCAACGCGGCUCUCCAACCUUCUUUGACCCGUGUGUCACGACAACUCCGCGAAGAGUCUCUGCCUCUCUUCUACCGGCAGAACCGCGUCAUGCUGGCGAUUCAUUAUCGAAAAGCGCGAGGCGAGGUCGACGAGUUCUUGCACGUGGCGUCGAGGAAUGGCGCCGUGCGAGCCAACCUCUGCAAUGUGACGAUCAAGCAUCGCUUUGGGAUUUUGGACUUCAAGGGCGUUAUUGAUCUCGAUCUGCGGAAUUUCAGAAUCUUGACGGAUCUCUGGUAUAGUUCGAUCCCUCCCAUGAUUGCUAGAGAAGUCGUUCAGAUUGUCGACAAGGCUCGGGGAGAGCAGAGGAAGCGGCCCGAUGAGUUGUUGGUGGUGGAGACGCUGCGUCUUUUGGUCGAGGCUCUGGGUGUUUCGGCGUCGUGA